GAUGGGCAUUCUGAUAGGAGCUCUGCUAGGCGGCGGUUCGACCCUGCGCAGACGUCAAUCUAGCUCGAAAUAGGUCAUCCAGUCAACAAAGCUUAUAGCAAAGGGGAGAUAAUUUGUUACUUUCGCGCUCUCUGUCAUAAUGGCGGAGCCCGCUUCAUCAAUGGACCAACCUAGUGGUAGCCCAGUUGAAUAUACUGGGCCAGAGAAGUGCGAGGAAAAGAUUGUAACAGCGGAAGAUGAAGUCAUAACUGUACCGUCAGACGAGAGUGAUAUCCAAGAAAAAUCGCCAGUGGAUUUUCUUCAAGCAUGCGUCCGCUGUAGCAGUCUUUACUCGGAGACGAAAUGUCUCCCUAAACUUUUGCCGUGCCUCCAUUCUGUGUGCCCCGGUUGUGUGUUACCAAAGAAAGAUGACCAGGAAAUCGAUGGACCCGUCACUGCUGAUACAGCCCCUCAAAAGUGUCCUUGCUGUGAACACACAUACGACCCCACAAACCUCUGGGACAAUCUCUUCAUCCAGGAGCAGCUUCAGAAGGAUGCCAAACCAGAAGAAGCUGUUGACGGAGAGACAAGCAUCCAUGAAUGUACCGGGUGCGAGGAGAAGGAGACAGGGACAUCCUUCUGCAUUGACUGUAUGGAAUGGCUGUGUGAACAAUGUGUCACAGCACACAGACGGGUCCGUGUCACAAAAGACCACAAAAUUGUCUCAAAAGAAGAGGCCCCUGUUUCUGACAGUGCCAAGCAGAUGGAAUGUUCACUGUACUGCAAGCAACACAAACAGGAGAAGCUUAUGUUCUUCUGUGAGUCGUGUGAUACUCUGACAUGUCGAGAUUGUCAGCUGGUGGAGCAUAAGGACCACAAAUAUCAGUUUCUGGAUGUUGCUGCAGCAAAUUAUAAGAAGUUGCUGCAAGAUCACAUGUUCCACAUGUCAGAGCGAGGAAAGAAACUUGGCCAAGUUCAUCAAGUCAUUGAGUCCAAGAUUCAACAGGUGAAAGAUCAACAUUCACAGAUCGUGCGAGCAGUCCAGGGCCAGGCAGACUUGCUGAUAAAACAGAUUAUUCAGACCGCAAGACAGUUGCUUCAAAAUGUCAAGACGGCUUGUGAGGCCAUGGCAAAGAAAUUGUCUAAGGAAUCAAUUGACCUUAAUAAGAUUCUCGGGAAGUAUGAAUACUGCUCCAGUUUUUUACAAGAGAUUAUGAAAGAUGGAAGUAACAUGGCAUUAUUGUCUUCAAAGGCAUCCGUUUUGAAAGAAUGCGGCAGGAUUUAUACAACUCCUAUAGAAGCCCAGACCGUGAAGACUCAGUUUGUUGUACAGUACAAACACGACAAUCAGUUUUUGUUUGCUAAUCUCCACCGAUUUGGUGCUAUCUUUGUGAACAGUUCACGUUACCAUCCCCAGGACAAAAACAACUCCAAUCAAUCCACACCGAGUCAGCAUUCCUACACCAACCCACCUGCGUAUAGCACCAACCAGAUUCUUGCUGAACACGACAAGGUCAAACGUCAAAAGAUGCUGAUAGCUCUCCAGCAAGCUGCCAGUCAUAUCAGCAACAAUCCCCACAUGCAAUCCCUUCUGCAACAGAAGCAACAAAAUCACGUUCAGCAACAACAGUCUGGUGUACCCACCAGCGUCUCCAACCUUGUGUCGCAAAUGAGAAUGAGCACUGCACAGAAUAAUGGAUGGCCAAGGCAACAGCAAUUGGCAAAUCCAAACCUUCAGUCUCUAAGCAUGCAGCGUGCAUACCAGCAACAACAACAGCAGCAGCAGCAGCAGCAACAACCAUUCCAACCAAUGAGGCUGCAACAUCGUCCAGCCACACAACAGAGUGUAUACGCUAACUCCCAGCAUGCCCAACAACCCAAUCAGAAUUCUGUAAACACACAGUUUAAGAUUCAGCUUCAGCAACAGCAACAACAGCAGUCUCAAGCAAACAGAGGACCCCCUCCACUGAUCCGAAGUCCAAACCAGAGCAGCACUCCCCCCAACAGCAGCGGCGGCAGUCGCCCCUCAUCAGCUGGGUCCUCGGGGUCUGCAUCUGCCCAGAGACCAUCCAGUAAUGAGAACACCACACUCCCAAGUGGUGUGCGCAUCAAACAGGAGAGACGAUCCAGCUUUGAGAUGGACUGUGUCAUCACCGGGGCCAAAGUCAAGGGAGAAAAAACAUCUUCAUCUUGCUCAGGGUCCACCCCCAAGCCAACGCCCGCGACUAGCCCUGGAGCACCACCUGCACCAGCAAGUAACACCCAAGCCCCCACCACCGUACCCCCACCAGUGAGUGUCCCCACUGAUCUCAUGGAUAUUAUGGACGAUAAAGAUCCCGAGAAGGAUCUAGAUGAAGUGUUGGAAAAAUUACCCAUGGAGCUUGAACUGGGGGAGACUUUCGAAGAAAUCGAUGCCUCUCUUCUCACUGCCAACAACCUCAACAAACAACUGGUCACCGCGACCCAGCUGUCCAAGAAAACGGUGGAUUCGCCGGGGAAGAAUGGCGCCACCACCAUGUUCCCAGACAUGAGCUUCAGCGAUCCAAACGAGGAUUAUUGCGCCUGCUGCCACAACGGCGGAGAGGUUCUGUGCUGUGACACAUGCCCCCGUGUGUUCCAUCUGCAGUGCCACAUCCCUCCUCUCAACGCUGUACCAAAUGGCGUGUUCGUAUGUACUCUGUGUGUGACGGGAGACAACAUCCGCAUCAACAGUCCCACCCCUGACGAGUUGCUCAGCAACGGCACCAAACGGAAAGCACCGGGAGGGUUAGGAGAAAUGGAAAUUAAGGUGUGUGAGAGGAUGAUGCUUGAGUUGUUCUGUCAUCCCAGCAGCGUUGCCUUCCAUGAACCCGUCAGCAAGCAGGUUCCAAACUACUACAAGAUCAUCCAGGUGCCCAUGGAUUUCACCACCAUCAAGUGCAAGUUGUCACGGCAACAUUUCAACCAUUACAACUGUGUAGAAGAUUUCCUUGGGGAUGUGAAACUGGUCUUCCUGAACUGCGCAACCUACAACCAGGAAAAUUCUGAAGUAGGCAAAGCUGGCAAGACGGUGAGGGGCUUCUUUGAGGAGCUUGUGUUGAAGUAUCUCCCCCACUACAUCACCUUUGCUAAGAAAUACCCACCAAAGCCCCCUCUCCCUGUGCCAGAGAUCACCAACGGAGAUGGCGUCUCCGACCCCAAGAGACAAAGAACAGAGGAUUUGCUUCAUAUUUCAUGAUGACCAUUGUAUACUGUAGGUACAGGGAUAGACACGACCUGAAACUACGGAUAUUCUUGUAGGACCACUGGUUUUCUCACACGAUGAAUAAUGUCAAUUUAACCAGGAUACCACCGAAUUGAACUGUGGACUUGUUGGAUUUUGCUCACGAGGUCUGUGUGAACAAAACCAGUUCAUUGUUUAAAUGAUCACUGGGACAUAUUUAUUGGAAGUCAUCAAGCUUUGCACAGAGGCUGGAAGUAAUAUGUGACCAAAGUAUGCCAAAAUGGAACUGUUUCUGCACAUGACACUGGUGUUGUAACUAUGGGUCCGGACUUGCAUAUGGAAGAAAAUCAGUGACACUAAAAGUAUAAAAAUUGUGUUAGCUUUGUUUUGUGAUUUAACAGCGCUUGGAAUGAGUGCUCAGUGAAAGCGUUUUAACUUUGUACAAAACAUAUGCUCCCUAUAUCAUUUGAUGUCAUUGCAACAACCUGGCAGUAUUCUCCAACCACUGUGAUGCAGGAAUCUUGUGGAACACCCUCGUGCAUUGUGGGAAGUGACAAUUUGAAUGUGUAUAUACAGUCGACUACCAAAGCCCUGAUAUUCAACACAAGAGUGAAGUUUGAGAUAGGCAUGUCGAUGAACAUGGUGGAUGUGGUUUGACUGUUUCGCUUUGACACUAACAGUAUUUUGAGAAACAUGCGAUCCUGGGCGUUAACCAUGUACUUUGUCAAAAUACAAAAUCAACUUCGACACUAAGGUUGCAAUGUUAUAUGUGAAAAAGUGACACUUGUGUUAAGGAGUGAAUGCCAUCAUUAAAGAAUGGUGAGAGACCCACCAAAACACAUUGGUUAACCUCAUCUGUUUUUAAUAGAUGGAGGCCUGUUGUAUAUUGUACAUACCAUCAGAAAUCACCUUUAAAGCAAAUCUUCAUACCAUCGCUGUAUUUAUCUGAUUCAUUAUAUUGACACCUCGGAAGAACACUCCCUCACUCUGACAGAUGGAAUCACAGGACACUGAUAUCAUGGGAGUGGUCACAUCCUUGGAAUGGACAAUAGGUUGUAGGACUGAUUUUGUCUUGGUAAAGUUGAAUAUGCUCAACAAUCAUACAGAAGUCUUGUUAGUCUUGUUUUCGUCUAGAAUUGUAUAUGUGGAAAGGCUUGGCCGAUCUUAGAGUUAAACAAAUGAAAUUACUUAAGCUGCGUAGUCUCUUAUGAAAGUUACUUACAUCAUAUGAAAUAGAUUUUUUUGUGAUGGAAAGUAUCAGUUGCUAGACUAGGCCACAUUGUGUUUGAAACUGAGACAAUGUGUCUGUGUAAUUAGGGUAACGAUUCAUGGUUUAGUGUAGACAAAGAGCCUCUGAAAUUCAUGCUAGUCUGCCAGCCCGAGAGUUGUGCUGAGGACAAGUAAAUAUUCAAUGAUGGUAGUAUAGUAGCAUUUGAGGAUAAUACUUUUACCGAUUUUGAAACUUGCUACAAACCGAGGAUUAGUGAAAUAAGGUUAACACUAGUCGUCUGGACUAUUCUUGAGAGAAUAGUUGGAAGAAUAUGGUUGGACAAAGUGCGUUUUGAAUUACUUAAAUAAAACUUUAUGGAACUGCACGUUCCCAUUUUAGGAUUCACUGCCAUUUUGUGAGUUUGUUUACAACAAAAUUAACAGUUAUGAUUGUCUGGCCAUGCGGUCAUGUAUUGUACAAAAUGUUACCCUCCAAGGACCUAUGUUUCAAGCUACUGCCAUGUAUAUUAUGUCAUUCAGUUGGUACAGACUGGGAUGUUGCUAAGCUGCUUAAUACAUUUCACAGAUCCAAGUAAUUGCGACAAAGUUUUCCUUACGUCUUAGAUUGCUGUAUGAAGAAAGUCAUCUGUUCUCGAGGUCUGUUAAAUAACUGUAACUGCCCUAUCAGUAAUAUAGUUUCAUUGUUUCAAAUUGAACCAGAAUGGAUGGUGAAGUUUGACUGGAAUUCCAAGCGCAUGAUUAUUUUAUCAGAAUGAAAACAUCUGUGGUCGUUUGACAGUAAAAUCCAUAGUAAUGUCUCAUUGAUUUUGAAAUUCCUUAUUUAACUUAAACUUCAGUACAUUGUAUUAUAUGAUACAAACCUGUUGUGUGUAACACAUAUUGCCAUAAAUUUAUUUUAAAUUAUUCUGUAUAGUGCUAUAUUUGUAUUUGUAUAUAUUUUUAUACAUGUACAUACAGUUUGCAUACAAAAUUAAUUUGUUAGAGAAAACAGGAGACCAGGAAAAAUUGUUUUAUCUGUCAAAUUUGUUGAUGAAUCAGAUGUAUUAAUGACAGCACAUGAUUCUGAUUCGGUUCUAUUCUUUGGUUUUCUCAUCAGUAGACCAGUGUGAAUUGCUUUACCAUGUUGUAAUACCAUUGAACAAACUACCUAAAUAGUAUUAUUUCCCCAUUGUUCUGUUUAACAGAUUAAUCUUUUCGACAUGUUCAAGCUUCAGUGGCUUGGUUUGAAUGUAUUACAUGUGGUGCAAAACUAGUAAGGACUUGACAAACAGGAUGUUUUCCUUCUGACAUGCAUGUAGCCGCUAUCUUCUAAUUCAAGGAUCGGGGCGGUCGGGUAGCCUAGUGGUUAAAGCGUUCGCACGCCACGCCGAAAACCCGGGUUCGAUUCCCGACAUGGGUACAAUGUGUGAAGCCCAUUUCUGGUGUCCCCCACCGUGAUAUUGCUGGAAUAUUGCUAAAAGCGGCGUAAAACCAUACUCACUCACUCACUCAUUCAAGGACAAAGGAUAUUUGGGUAAAGCUACUCCCAACACAACAAACCCUAAGAAUCGAAGAACCGUGCAAGAUCAGUGAAGCGAUACUAAUAUUUAUCUUGAGAUGUAUCUCGUUUUCUGAGGUUUUUUCAACCUCUUACGAAAUAUUUUUGAUAAACUAAAGGUUAAGUGUGGAGACUAUUGAAAGAAUUAUUUCACCAAAGACUGAUUUGUUACAUAUGCAGAUGUUACAUAUGACACUAGAUUUUGUCCAACCAUACACACAUUUACCUGACUGUGAUGUAUUGAGUUAACAUUGACCAUUUGUUUGUUUGAAAUACUAAAGGUUUUGCUUCAAAAGUAAUCAUUAUUUCCUUAAAUAUUGAAGGGAACCAACCAAUCAAAACUUUGAUUGGUCCAGGGAAAUGAAACUAGUCACAAUUUGUUUACAUGACAUACCAUUGCCAGUACUUACCAAAUGAAACCUUUUCAUACUUUCAUACCAUAUUUCUGUAUAAAUAAACCAUUGAUGUGC